AACCAUGCUAGUUGUUCUCGUUCCCUUGUUAGUUGAGCUCUUUCCCUUCCUCGCUUGGAACCAAAUCAAUUCGGAGCGGCGGAGCAAAACGAUCCCUUGCCUCGCUUCCAUUCGAAUCAUCUCGAAUGGGGCACUAAUCGAGAAGCUAAUGACGCACAAAUCGCGAGAUCUGUAGCGCCACUCGGCUUCACCGGCGGCGCGGCGGGCAUGGAAGCGCAGAACGGCUCCGGCGUAGGGGCGCCCGUGGUGCUCAACGUGUACGACCUUACGCCCAUGAACAACUACCUCUACUGGUUCGGCCUCGGUAUUUUCCACUCCGGAAUCGAAGUCCACGGCAUGGAGUACGGAUAUGGAGCACACGAGUUUCCAACAAGUGGGGUAUUUGAGGUGGAACCAAAGAGUUGUCCUGGUUUCACCUACAGAAGAUCUGUGUGGAUGGGCACAACUGACUUGUCUAGAGCAGAGUUCCGCUCGUUCAUUGAAAAUCUUGCAGGAAAGUACAAUGGCAACACAUACCAUUUGAUUUCAAAGAACUGCAACCAUUUUACAGAUGAUGUCUGUAAAAACUUGACCAGGAAAUCAAUCUCUGGGUGGGUGAAUCGGCUAGCAAGAGUGGGUUCAUUUUUCAACUGUCUUCUACCAGAAAGCAUCCAAGUUUCCACAGUAAGACACGUCCCUACUCAUCCUGCAUUUUCUGAUGAUGAUAUGGAUUCGGUAUCUUCAUCGGUUAUUGGAGACAGUGAUCUGGAAGAGCUGGACCAACACCUUCUGCCAUCAACUGCUGACGUCCAUUCUAUAGACGUGCCGCCAAAGCUAGCGAAAGAUCUUCUCUGAGUUAUUCAGCACUUUGGGUUUUCACAUAGCAAGGAUAACUUGGACUGCUGCAGUUGAUGUCCACUGAGUGCUUCUCUGGGUGGCGCAGCCGCGCAGGACUCCAGGAAUGUCGAAUGCUGCUAAUUGUAUCGAUUCUUUUGCCACUGAGGUCCUUACAUGCACACAGAGCUCUCGACAGAAAUGACACGCUUUCUAAUCCUUUGCCUGUUGUUAUGACUUUUAUGUUGUGACUUCAUCCUAAGUAUCUUGUGUUCGAGCGAUACUGUACGCAUUCAGAAUGCCGUCAAUGGCGUGUCUGGUUCGAGGCAUACAAAGUAGUAUCUUGUGUUCGAGUGAUAUUGUAGGCACUGAGAAUGCGUCAAUGGUGUGUGUUUGACUGGUCACAGGUAAUCCAUCGAGUGUAGUUAAACCAAACAAAUCUUAAUAUCAUCUGGCUUCAAUCCGUGCAGCUUUUCCUAGUGAUAUAUA